AGGAUUCGAAAUGAAGACUGAAAGUGGCAAUUCGAAUCAAGCUAACUCCGGCAUGGAGCAACGUCUGAGAAGUCCAAAGUGCGCGAGAUGCAGGAACCACGGUGUGAUUUCUGGUCUGAAGGGUCACAAGAGGUCGUGCGCGUGGAAGGACUGUCGUUGUCCUUGCUGUUUGCUGGUGGUCGAAAGACAACGGGUAAUGGCAGCGCAAGUUGCGCUAAGGAGGCAACAGCAGGCUCAAGGGAAUUACUUCGCCGAAAACGUCUCGACAGUCUGUCAUCCCCCGAUAGACACGUCAGGUUCCCCGUAUCUGCUCAAAGCCGACCAGAGUCCUCACUGUCGAAGAACAAAGAAUUUUCAACGUCAUCAAUUGCACUUCACGCAAACCAGCAUCAGCGUGACACAGGGAUUCUAUGGGUUGAAGACGAUCCAUAGUUUACCUACGCCAUUUACCGCGGAUGCUCCAUUAUUGAAUGGCUUAUCGCAUAAUCAAGAAUAUCGCCAAGAAUCCGAAGAUUCGAAGAAAUUACAACCUUUCCCGGCUACGUAUUCCGCAAUUCCGUGGUUUGAACAUGUAACAGAACCUCGGAGAAUGAAAAAAAACUUUAACAAUUUCACUUCCGCUGUGACAGAUCUCAAUAAUAUUUCUGCAGCUAAAAAUGGACCUUGCUUGGAGAAAAAGUCCACGAUUUCAUUCAGCGUGGAAUCAAUCAUCGGAACGAAAUGAUGCGGACGACUGAUUUUUACUUAGCAUGAGAUUGCAUUUCAUUGUAAAUAGUACUCUCCUUUAUGGUUUGUUUACACUUAUUAACUUAUGGAAUAAAAAAAGAUUGAAUAGAAGAUAUACAAGAAGUAAUUUUUUAAGAAUUUAUAUAAAUUGCACUAGUCGAAUUAUCUUUUUAUAAAAUACAACCAAAAUACAUUUUACAUUAACAUCGCGAUAAACUUAUUAAACGAUAGUUAUUUUAAAUGUAUCAUUGAUUUUUAAAUAACAAAUAUAUUGUUAUAUUAUAUUCUAUAAUUUGUGUAAUAACUUAACAAAAUAAAUAUGAACACAUACUAAGGAACAUACCGUCUGAAUUCAUAUGAAUUUGCACUAUCUUAACCUCUAAUCCUAUAUAACAAUGUACCGAUUAAUAAUUUAGUAAUUCCAUUUCUUGUAAACUAUUGGUAAC